AUGGACGUCGCGUUGCCCUGCCUGCGGGCGUCGUCUUCGGUCCCCGGCCGCGACGGCCUCGCGCUCGCCGCGCACGAUUUCCUCAUCGCCGCCUUCACCGCCCGGAAGGGGGUGAGUGCGUGGUUCGUGCCCACCUACAUCAACGUUUUCAUCCCCACCGCCGCGGUGGAUUCCGGGCUUGAAGGAGGGGGGCCCUCGUUGGGGUUGUUGGAGCGCUUCGCCUCGUGCGUUCGCGCGGUUUGUCAGGGCCUCGAAGCGAGCGAUGGGGGAGUGCUGCAGGGGCUGCUUGACGGAGGGGGCCUCGCGCUCUCCCCUGCCUUGAAGGAUGCCGUCGCCGUGCAUGCGGAGAAGCUGCAUCGCCUCACCCCGGUGAACGCGGUGCUCCUGAUCAUCUCCUCGCUUUUUGAUAUGCUGUGCGUGUUGUGGAACGCGACGCCGGGGUUCAUCACGGAUACAAAGAAGCGGUUCUUCAUCUACUUCUCCGCGCUCGCGAAUCUGCUGCAGUGCACCACAACGCAGGUGCUGAACCGCGCGUGCGCGUCGAUCGAGGCGAUCAUGAUUGAGCAUCUGAGCAACGCGAUACAGGUUCAGCAUCAGCUGUUGAAAUACGUCGGAUCGGUGGUGGAUAGGAUUGAAGGGAACUCGAAGAAGGGCGUCGCGGAGUGGUUCCUCAAGCUGAACAACAGGGUCCUUCAGAAGAGCGUGCCGAGGCGAUCCAAGCUGUGA